AUGCCUUCCGUCGACUUCAUCAACGUUACCGCGAAACCAGUUCUGGAAAAUGAAGAUGAAAUAGCUCGUACAAGAUGUACCAAGCCUUUAGUGAACAAUGGUGUAUUGGAUCAAUUUGAGCACUCGGACUUGACACCGGUAAUUGGAAGAGUAUUUGAUGAGAAGGUUCAAUUGAAAGAGUUUCUUUCGCCGAAUACCUCCGAGGAAUUGUUUAAGGAUUUGGCGUUGACAAUCUCCAAUCGUGGUGUAGUUUUCUUCAAAAAUCAAGACAUAAAUCCUGAGCAAAUGAAAGCUGUUAUCGAACGUAUUUCUAAAGCAGCUGGAUCUCCUGAAUCCUCUACACUUCACAUCCACCCCCUCACCGAACAAUCCUCCGAACUGGGUGAUCAAGUCUCCGUAAUCUCUUCCACGAAGCAAGCCAAAGGCGGUGGAUUAACUCACCAAUUGUCCGACGUAUCUCGAUUUGCUAGUACUGGAUGGCAUGCCGAUAUCACAUUUGAACGAGUCCCUUCCGAUUAUGCCAUGUUGAAAAUCCAUACCUUGCCUGAAACAGGUGGUGAUACUUUAUGGGCAUCUGGAAACGAAAUUUAUGAAAGACUCAGUCCAAAGAUGAAGGAAAUGUUGGAAGGAUUAACGGCAACUCAUGAUGCGAGCUUUUUCCAUGAUGAAGCAAGGAGACUCGGACAAGAUAUUAGAGAAGAUAUGAGAGGGAGUCCAUUGAAUAUUGGAAAAGAGUUGAGUGCUGUUCAUCCGGUUGUUAGGACAAAUCCCGUAACUGGCAGGAAAUCUCUUUUCGUAAACCAAGGCUUCACUCGACGUCUUCACCCUCUCACAAAAGACGAAUCGGAUCUUUUACUUCCAUGGUUAAAGAAUCUGGUACCCUUGAAUCACGAUGCGCAAGUCAGAUGGAAAUGGAGUAAGAAUGAUGUAGCGAUUUGGGAUAACAGGAGUAAUUGGCAUUGUGCUACUUAUGAUUAUGCAGAGGCGAGAGCAGGCGAUAGAGUUUGUAGUUUGGGAGAGAAGCCUUAUUUAUAA